AUGCAAUUGCGACGUCGAUGCAGAACGUCUUACCAAAUUUACACAAGGCGCCGCUCUGGAUUAUUUCCAAGAAGUCCUUACAAGUAUUCGAAGCUCAGAGCUUCAGAGAUCAGAUUGCUCGAGCUUCGCAGAACCCAUCCUCUGGCAAAGCUAAGCAUCCGUCUUCUGGCGACCCCUUCACCGAGCAUAAAGUUUUAUGAGGCAUUAUCGUAUACCUGGGGGGAUCCUACAAUGAAUCAUUCUCUUCCUAUUGAAGGAUAUUCUCUUUUGACCACCAAAAAUGCAUUUGAAGCACUCCAUGCUCUCGCACCGCACUGGGGGAAACGACUGGUCUGGAUAGACUCGAUAUGCAUUAACCAAGGAGAUGAUGUGGAAAAGGGCCGACAGGUUGCAUUAAUGGGAGAAAUAUACAAGCAAGCAACAAGAACAGUUUCCUGGCUCGGCGGCUCUUCCAACGCUGAUUUCGCUUUCCUCCAACUUCGCCGUCUGAAGCGGCUUUUAGCUGGGAACCACGAUAUCAAAGCCAUCACUCGGAUGGUCGAGAAGAGUAGCCUUGGCCCUGACAAUGUUCAUCAUUGGCAUGCAGUCUCAGAGCUUCUGGCUCAUCCAUACUGGUCUCGUGUCUGGAUCGUACAGGAGGUGGCUGUUUCACGAACCGUGGACAUACUGUACGGCACACAUUGUGUGCCUUUGAGUUCCGUAACUGAUAUCAUAAAUCGGUUGUGGCGCGCACCCGAAACAGAUACCCUAUUGGAAAGACCGUGGCAGCUGGGGACGCUCGAGAAAGGGAUGCUUUCCAAUUACGGCAACAUGAGGGCCAUCUUCGAAUUCAGACGUCUCUUCCAGCAAGGCCAAUUCCCUCCACUCCAUGGUGCUGUACAAGCCACACUUCUCUUCAAAGCAACAGACCCGAGGGAUAAGAUCUAUGCCUUCUGCAAUAUCGCCAGAGAGCCGGCAGCCGCUGCUCUGGAUCCAGACUACACAAUAUCGGCACAAGAAGCGUUCACGAGAUUCACAAAGCGAUACAUACAGAGCAAUUUCCGGAAGUUGAUCCUUGAAGCUGGACUUGCCCAAGACCGGCAGCUACCUGACCUCCCAUCCUGGGUUCCGGACUUUUCGAGCACGGAUGACUUGCUUCCUCCAAUGGCUCGGACGGGGCUUCACCUCAAGGACCACUACGCAGCCUCUGGAGGUGAAGCUAUCUCUAUCGGUAUUGACUUGUCCAAAAUUAUUCGAGUGCAGGGAGUCUAUGUUGAUCAGAUCGACUUUCUUACUUCACACUCCAUUGAACGCUCCUUGAAUCCCAUGUCUGCCGAUUACGUUGCUCCAGCACUCAACGCUUGGCACGAAGAAGCUAUAGCACUUGCAACGGCUAAGAUCCCAUUGAAAUACCGCUGCGGCGACGAAUCAAGACGCAGGGCGUUUAUCAGAACACUUAUUGCAGACAGAGACGGCUACGGAUCGGAAGCUCCCGCCGUUUAUUAUCGAAAGUACUACAAAGACUGGUGCAAGUAUCUACGCACGGCGGCAGAGGAAAGGGUUGAGCUGGAUAACAACAACGCAUCGGACUCAGAAGAAGGAGAGCACUUGGAGAGUGCCAGGUACUUCUCUUCUGCUGUGCUGCGAGUUGCUCAGAUCCGCAAGUUCGCAACCACGACCGGGGGGUUCAUGGCUAUAGUCCCGAAAGAAGCAAGAGUUGGAGACAUUAUUUGUGUUCUUUUUGGCAUGGAGGUGCCGUUCGUAUUGCGGCCUGUUUCCGUAGAGGCUGGAGAGGAGCAGACGCAUCUGCUAAUUGGCUGGUGCUACUGUCAUGGGAUCAUGAUGGGAGAGUGUUUGGAGACUGGGCAAGCGUCUCAAACUUUUGUUCUGAGGUGA